CAUAUUAAAAUGAAAGUACACUUUAAGCUGAAACGUGGACAAGUUGACAUUCAAGAAUAACAAGACUUUGAACUUGAUUUUGUGCACAUGUGUUUAUUGAUAGUAACCUAUAAUAUUUAUACCGUUAAUCUAAUUAGUAAAAAUGGAAGGAACGAAAACAGUUGUUAAAGUUGGAUCAAGAAAAAGCCAGCUGGCUCUUAUUCAAACCAACACCAUCAUUGCUAAAUUGAAGGAGAUACAUUCCAACUACGAGUUUGAAGUCGUUUCUAUGACAACAACAGGGGACAAAAUAUUAGAUUCAGCUCUUUCAAAGAUUGGAGCUAAGGAUUUGUUUACACGGGAGCUGGAGCUGGCCCUGGAGAAAGGAGAUGUUGAUUUUGUUGUCCAUUCCUUGAAGGAUCUUCCCACGAGGAUUGUGGAUAGUCUUGUCAUUGGCUGUGUAUACAAACGUGACAGUGAGUAUGAUGCAGUUGUGAUGCACCCCAAACACAAGGGCAAGAAACUGGACGACCUAGAUGAAAACAGUGUGAUCGGCACAAGCUCUCUUCGAAGGGCUGCUCAGCUGGCUAGAAGAUUUCCAACAUUUAAGUUUGAAAAUAUUAGAGGUAACCUAAACACACGGUUGAAGAAGCUAGAUGAGGAUAAUAAAUAUGAUGCCAUCAUACUGGCCGAGGCGGGGCUUGUACGCAUGGGCUGGAAUGACAGAAUUGCACAGGUCCUCACACCUUCUGAGUGCAUGUAUGCAGUAAGCCAAGGAGCAAUGGCAGUGGAGUGUCGGGCGGGGGAUGAGAAAACCCUUGCCCUAUUGUCCCCAAUCCAUGACCAGGACACCGCCCUACAGUGCAUUGCUGAGAGGGCUUUCCUAAAACAGCUGGAGGGAGGCUGUAGUGUUCCAGUUUGUGUGUGUUCAACCCUGACAGACUCACAGAUUUCGUUAAAAGGUGGAGUGUACAGUAUAGAUGGUAAACAGAGUGUUAUAGACACUGUUACCAAGACGUUUCCAGAGGAACCGGCCGCUAAGAAGAAGGCAACCAAUGGGCACACAUUUUCUGCUAUUGUCCAUGGCAACAUAGAGCUGGUACUGUGCCAGACCGCUGAGGCUGCUGGGAUGGAGCUCGCAAACCGUCUCCUAGUAACCGAAGCAGCAGACAUUCUGGCGGAGGCGAAGAGGCAGACAGCAGAGGCUGUGAUCGCGGAACAGAAGAGAAAAGAGCAAGAAGCUGUAGAAAAAGCAAAAAUGGCAGAAACUGCGUCAUCCUAGAUUUCAUAUUUAAUUUAGAUUGUCUUUCCUUUGUUAUGUGUUCAUGUUUUUAAGAUAUAAGUAUUUAUUUUGAGACAUGAUUUUGCAACUACUGCAUUACAUAUUAUAUUUUAUCACUCGUAUAUCAUUAUUAUUAGGUUAUCAUAUUGGAAAGCAGGAAUUGGUGAAAGUUUGAGUGAUAGGUAAGAUUAUGAUUCCCAGGUGUCAAUUAUCAAAACUACUUGGCAGACAAACUAUUCUUGCACUUUUACAUGUUUUUCAGAAAAUUAUGAUUUAUUUUUCCGAAAGCAUGUUUAGCUACAAAAGUCCCUACCAUAACAAAUUCUGAGAAGUAGAGAAUUUCUUUACUUUCUUGGAUUUAAUUUCUUUAACACUACAGAAGUAGCAAGGCUAUGGUUAUUCCACAGGUGAAUAGUAAGAAGGUUUCAGAACAUAUUGUUUGUUACAGUGUAAGAUCGUAAUAGAUUUCACCAAGCGAGCACCAACAGCUUUAUUUCAUGAGUGACAUAGCCAUUAGUGAAUUAUUUACUUUUGGCAUAUAUGAGGUGAUUAUAUUGUGAUCUUACACUGAAAUAAACAAUUUUUCUUUUUAAUUAUAUUCCUGAAAAGGAUUUUAAAUGACAGUUUAAUUGAAGAUUUUCAUAAAAGCGUGCCAAAUUAAAUGUGAACGUAAUAUCAUUUCAGAAAAGACGUUAUUGAAUAUGUGUCCCAGCCCUUUGAACGCUGAUUUUUGAUAUGGAAUUGAGAGGGGGCUAAAAUUUCAAAACAGUGAAAAUAUCAAAAUGUUAUUUCACUGUUUAAAACAGUGAAAUAUCAUUUUUAUUUCAUGGAUAGUUCUCUAUAAGCCACCAGAAAGCAUAUAAUAAUGUAUUUAAUAUAUACUUCUUCAAUGCUGUAUUUUAAGAAUGUUGUUGUUUUUAAAUUAUUGCUUUUUAAUAAUUUUAUUGUUGAGUACCGUAUUUUCUCGACUAUAAGACGGGGAAAUUGGGUCCCGAUUUUACCCCCAAAGUAGGGGACCCGUCUUAUAAGCGAGUCGAUAAAAUAUUAAAAAAAAUUCAAGUCAAAAUCAGUUAAAUUUUACAUAGGGUAUUCGUCUAUCCAGUCUAUUGUCUGCUGAUAUAAGUAUGGGGCAAUUAAGUAAACAACAACACGAAAUCUCUUCACCGCGCGUGCUCUGACGUCACACAGUGUACCAUUAUAUCUGCAUUUUUUCUCAUGGCGCGUGUCAGUAUAAUUAGUUUGACAGAUAUAUCAAAUCAAUAAAUUGGAAUCUUAAUAUGAUGUAGGUACCUAACUGUCAAUUUGAUUAAGCAAACAAAUGACAAUGCGAAUAUGAAUCCUUUAUGUUCGUCGCCAAUCAAGGGACAAUAUUGCCUAAAGCAUUAUUGCUAAACAAACACCUAUUCAUGCCUCGGCUUUUUGCAGUUAUGUUAUUGAAGCCAUUUAUUUUGCCGAAGAACUUCAUUGGUGUCUUCAAUAAAAAAAUAAACUAAAACAAACAUAUGUUGUUAUUGAUUAAUUAUUACAAUUUCGAUAAGUAACGACCUGUCCUGCAAACUUAUGUACUCAUUUUUAACCUACCUACAAAUAGAGAGCUCACAGUUGACCGCCAUUUUCUUUGAGUAAAACAAAACAGUUACCGCGAAAGUCGAUAAUUGUAUGCUGGGCUUGAACAUUUUUACACAUUAGAAUUUUUUUUAGCAUUUUAGAUUUGCUUAAAAAUUGACCCCGUCUUAUAAGCGAGUCGAAACAAAAAGCACCAGAUUUCAUGGGCAAAGUUAGGGGGCCGUCUUAUAAGCGAAUCGCCUUAUAGUCGAGAAAAUACGGUAGUACAUAGGUUUUAUCCAAUACUCGCCAAUAUAUGCACACUUAUUUUGUUUUGAUAAUUAUUAUAAAAAAAGCAAAAAAAAAAAAUAA